AUGGCCAGCGACUCUCUGAUUGCCUCUUAUGAACUUAUGGACCACCUGGGCGCAGGGCCCCAUGGAUCUGUUUUUAUAGCUCAUAGCAAAGUAUCGGAUAAGCUUCGAGCAGUGAAAGUUUUCUCUCUUGCCAAGCUGGAUGAGGACCAGAGAGAACGGCUCAAAGACGAGCUUUCUUGUGCUCACAGGAUUGAGAAUGAGCGUCUUGUCCGUUAUUAUAAUGUCUAUGAAGACCAAGAUUGUCAGACGUUGUCUGUGGUUAUGGAUUAUCUUCCCCUCGGAAGCCUCGCUGCAGAGAUGGAUAGGCGCACUAUUCACCACAGUCCGUACACAGAGCAACAGAUUUGGGCAAUUAUCGGCCAACUUUGCCUUGCGUUGAAGGCCGUCUACACUGCUCUGGGGAGCCUUCAGACAAGCGCUAAUAAGCUUACGGAGAUAUCCCAUGGCAACCUUAAACCUACAAAUAUUCUUCUAGCAGAUUCUGGGUUACUCUCACUGACUGACUAUGGGCUCACACACCAGGCCAUAACAGAAGAGACUAUCAUGGACACCAUAGACGCUGUGCCGGAGGCUGUCUUAACAAACGAUAUUUCAAACACUCAACGAGGGGAUGUUUGGUGCUUAGGUCGGAUUGCCUUUGAGUUGUGCUGUGUGGGGUUUCCUGGAUUUGUUGGUUCUGGGUGCCCUACACCAGGACUGCUUACCGCAGCAGGUGUAUCUGUGCCUUCCCCACUAAGGCCCCCGUCAUCGUCGAAUGUUCUAGUCUCUUCUUCCCCUUCAUUACCUCCUACACCCUCUGAGCGCCCACAAACAAGUAAGCUGCGCAUCAAGGAGGUGAAUAAGCGAAAUUCACGGACACCCAUAUCACAGAGAGGUCGAGAUCAAGAGCAGAAAGAACGCGAGGAGCGUGAAAGGGAAGAACGAGAGCGGGAAGAGCGCGAACGCCUAGAGACGGAAGAAAGUGCUGCACCUGCAUCGCAAUCGGCUAAGACAAAGGCCAAGACGGUACUUAAUCCCAAGCUUCUUAAUCAUGUUGCAGGCCAUCUCUCACCAACUCUUCGUCAGCUAAUAAUGUCGUGUCUUUCUGUUGGCAAGACCGAUAGCGAGAACGGUAAUUUACCUAUCACUCUGGAUACAAUUCUUUCUUAUUCGGAAGUUAUAUGUGCUCUUGCCAAACUAAAGGCAGGAGAUCUCGAGACGCCGGUCUCUCGAAGUGUCUCUCGAAGUGAUGAUAGGCGCCCACAAGCAAAGGAUAAACAGGGCAAUACUCCACUGCAUCGUGCAGUUCUAGAACGUAACGUUCAAGAGCUGUCAAAGCAUCUUGGGUAUGCAGGUGAAUAUAACGCCAAUGGGGUUACUGCACUCAUACUCUGUGCUCAGACCAACUUUAUCGAGGGAGCUAAGAUUCUGGCACCUAAGGAGUCUCGGAAGCUGUGUAGUGCAAACAAGCUAGCAUUAUACUAUGCUCUUGUGGAAGGAAAUCUAGAAAUAGCUGAAAUACUUACCCAGUGGGAAUCUUUUACCGAUCAAGAGCCGUACAUUGAUAACCAUAGGACAAACCUCAUGCGGUCCGUUAUGGAGCGGAAUAUUCUAGCCGUUUGGUAUUGGAAGAUGCACCAAGCUGGGAUGCAGGAUACAGAGGGUCGGACUGCCUUGAUAAUCGCAGCCGAAGUUGACUUCUUCAAUGCUGUGCGCAUACUUGCUCCACACGAGGCUGGAGUGAGAAUGACAAAUGGUAAAGCAGCUAUAGACAUAGCACUGGAUCACAACCAUUUAAAAAUCGCAACUUUUCUUAUUCCAUAUGAGGGCUUCAAAGAGCAAGAAGCAGAUUUCAAUGGGCACACAAAUCUUAUGCGGGCUGCCAUCAAGAACAAUCGUCUGGGGGUGUUUUGUUUUCUGAAGGAGGCGGGCUCCACUGAAAAUGAAGAGGGGAUGACCGCGCUAAUGCUAGCGGCAAGGCAUGGCUCUUGUGACGUCCUUAAAUACCUUAUACCUCUCGAGAAGCAUAUGCGAUCUUCUACAAAUAAAACGGCCCUAAUGUAUGCUGCAGAGGCCAAUAUGCUUAACGUUAUUGUUGAGCUCGUCGCUCACGAAUACUGCCCUGAUCCCAAAGAAUAUUCUGCACUCAACAUUGCUAUCGAGAAAGAUUUUGCAGAGGCAGCGGAUCUUCUGUCAGCCUAUGAAGGAGUGGAAUGUGAGUGGCGUUACACAUUUAAAAACGCUAAGCAGCACAUAGUCACCCAACAGACCGCCCUCAUGGCUGCAGCAGAGAAGGCGAGUGCCAAGUUCGCCUAUUGCAACCUUCAUCAGCUGUCAAUGCAGACCCCAGACGGGAUGACUGCACUGAUGUACGCUUGCCAAGCAAAAAGCAAGGAUUGUGUUGAUCUUCUAGUUUCUGAAAAGGAUCUCCAAGCAUCAGAUGGAAAGACUGCUUGGUUAAUUGCAUUUGAUGGGGGAUUUAAAGAGGUUCUUGACCAGAUCCAACCCACGUCCAAGUGUGAUGAGAAUGGCAAUACGGAUUUACACAAGGCAGCUUUGAUUGGAGAGGUCAGUAAUAUUCGAACACUUAUGAGGCUUGUAAAGAGAAUUAACAAUAACGAUAUGUCAGCAUUGAUGAUUGCAUCCACUAUUUGUUCAAAUGAUGAUACUGUUGAUUCAGUUUUAAUAGAAGUAGAAUCAACCAUAACUAACAGCAAAGGCCAGUUCGCUGCCAAAUUCGCAAUGUUGGCAGGGAACUAUAAGCUUGCAAAAAUACUUAUAGGAUACGAAAAGGACCUCUUGAAGGCAGACGGAUUCACAGAUCUUAUGAUUGCAGCGGUACUAAAUAGGGUGGAAGAUGUAUUUAGAUACUCUGGACGGACAUUCGGUCAGAAAAAGCCCUAUGCCUCCCAAUUACGGAUGCAGACAGUAGAUGGAUACACCGCAUUGAUGCUCGCAGCGCGUGCAGGACAUGACUCCAUUGUUAGCCUGCUGCUGGCGGAGGUCGGUCUACAAGACAAGGAAGGUCUAUAUGCAGCAGACUAUGCCAUCCGAGGAGAUAACUAUGCAAUUAUACGGUCUCUAGCCAGCCAGGAACUUGUCAUUUUUGAAAAGAACUAUGCCUUGGCCUCUUUCUUGAAUAUAAUCAAAGACUUUGAUACCAAAACAGCCCUGAAGUACAUUAAAUCCUUCUACUACAAUGAUUUUCGGUCUCUUCAGUCUGAAGAAGAUCAGGGAGUAGCACAUCUUUAUUACGAGACGGCCCAUUUGGCUACAGCUAGCCCUUUGGAAGAGAGGGUCAUCAUUCAAGAUCUAUUGCGUAACGAACUUGGGGAGACGCCUCUGCAUACCGCUGUUCGCAACGAUGACCUACUCUCUAUACGGAAGUAUCUUUAUCGUAGCGGAGAGGUUAACACUGAGGGAGUGUCUGCUGCAGAGCUUGCAUUAGACUUGGGACGAAUUCAGAUUGCUAAGAUCCUCCUAAAGGUUGAACUCCCUUUACUAAGAGAAGCUGGUUUCACCGACCUUAUGUUAGCAUCCUUUUUUGGAAAUAAGGAUGAGUUUGAGAGACACAUUGAGGAGAAAAAUGCAAUCACAAGCCGAGGGCACACCGCCUUCAUGCUUGCGGCAAACCAAGGACAUUACGAUCUAGCAGAUCGUCUUGCCGAGGAAAAGGAUAUGGUGGACAAUGAUGGUCGUCCUGUACAUCUAAUUUGUCCGAAGGAAGAUGGCUCUUACAGAGUUCUUAGUACACGUUAUCCAAACACUAUUGAAGGGUUGCACCUGGCUGUAAAAGACCGGAGCAUAGAUGGAGUUCGCGCGCUACUCGUUCAUGCGGGCGCUCGCUAUGCCGGCUGGACGGCGUUAGCGCGGGCGGCAGAAAAUGGGUUUGCAGAGGCCGUUCCAUUGCUGAUUGAAAAGGAGGCAAAAAUGACUAUUGACGUUACGUUUAAAUGCAUGUCUGCAAACCUCAGAGGUCUCUUGGCAAUUCACAUCGCUGCGCUCAAGGGUCAUGCAACCGUAGUGCGACUUCUACUCGACACUGAGGGGGGCUCUGUGGAGCGUGCAAUUGGAUUCACUUCUCUUAUGAUAUCUGCUUAUAUGGGACACGCACUUUGCGUUAAGGAGCUCAUUGCUCGAGAGGCAAAGAUGUUUGAACGAACAGGAAGUGCUACUGCUUUGUGGUAUGCUGCAUACUGUGGUCAUCUGGAUUGCGUAGAGCUUUUAGCACCUUUGGAGGCAAAUCUUAAACGUCGAGAAGGUAAUACAAUUGGGAUGUAUGCUUGUUCAUACGCAUGUAGUGUUAGCAAUGGUGAGGCUAAACAGGAAGUCCUUGCAGAGCUGCGAAAGCAUAUGAUCACUAAUAAUAUAGAAACAAUAAUGUCUCCAGGUCCAUACCAUCAUAAUUAA